UGUUUUGCAACUGCCAAAGUUUCCAUGAUCUAGGGGCUUACAGAAUUCGGGGAUGGAGGUUGAUGCCUUUCAAGGGCAAUGAUUACUAUGUUCGACUACGUCUUCUGGCGCUCCAAUGACACUUGCUCUUCAGCUUGGAAUAUUGGCAGGAGAUGUGGCUUUGGAUGGUGGUCUGGGCCGUUCAAACAGCCAUUCGUCCUAUUUACACCCAACGGAGAAAUCUUAGGCCUCAACUUCCUCCUUCCACAUACCACUACGGAGUUAGAUAUAAUUACUAUCAUCAGGCUUCAUACAGGCCGAAAGGCCUUGCCCAGCUAACGUGUAU